AUGGCGGCCUCCGUCGAGAACCGGCAGUUCCCCUACCUCGAACCGGGCAUCCCCCGCCCCUUCAAACCCUCACACCGCUUCCCCUCCCCGCCCGUCUCCGCCGCAGCCGCAACCAAUAACGGUGGCAACACUCAAUUUUAUUACUCCUCGUCGUCUUCCGACGACGAGGACAACAGAGACAAAGUCGAGGAGUACCUCCGCGCCGCCAAAAAAGCCGGCGCUGAGCUCGAGCCGCCGGUCCGCGACGACCUGACCGCCGACGGCUGGAUUGACCGGGACCCCUCCAUGAUCCGUCUCACCGGAAAACACCCAUUCAACGCCGAGCCGCCACUCACCCGCCUCAUGCACCACGGCUUCAUCACGCCAGCGCCCCUCCACUACGUCCGCAACCACGGGCCGGUCCCCCCGGCCACCUGGGACGACUGGACCGUCGAGGUCACCGGUCUGGUAAAAAGGCCGGCCCGGUUCACGAUGCACCAGCUGGUGACCGAGUUCCCUUCCCGGGAGCUUCCCGUCACUCUCGUCUGCGCCGGCAACCGCCGCAAGGAGCAGAACAUGGUCCGGCAGACAGUGGGCUUCAACUGGGGCGCGGCGGGGGUGUCGACGUCGGUGUGGCGGGGGGUUCCCCUCCGGGCGGUCCUCCGGCGGUGCGGGGUUAAGGGGCGGUGCGGCGGGAAGGGGGCGAUGAACGUGUGCUUCGAGGGGGCGGAGGAUCUUCCCGGCGGCGGUGGGUCGAAGUACGGGACGAGCCUGAGGAGGGAGGUGGCGAUGGACCCGUCUAGGGACAUCAUACUGGCGUACAUGCAGAACGGGGAGAGGCUCUCGCCGGAUCACGGGUUUCCGGUGAGAGUUAUUAUUCCGGGGUUCAUCGGGGGGAGGAUGGUGAAGUGGCUCCGGCGGAUCGUGGUCACCACGCACGAAUCGGAUAAUUACUAUCAUUACAGGGACAAUAGGGUGCUACCCUCACACGUGGACGCGGAGCUUGCUAACGCUGAAGCAUGGUGGUACAAGCCCGAGUACAUAAUCAACGAGUUGAACAUCAACUCAGUGAUAACCACGCCUUGCCACGAGGAGAUCUUGCCCAUCAACUCGUUCACGACUCAGAGGCCAUACACGUUGAAGGGUUACGCCUAUUCUGGGGGUGGUAAAAAGGUGACUCGGGUCGAGGUGACUAUGGACGGAGGCGAGACGUGGCGGGUUUGCGAACUCGACCACCCAGAAAAGCCCAACAAGUACGGAAAGUACUGGUGUUGGUGCUUUUGGUCUCUAGAGGUCGAGGUGCUCGAUCUUUUAAGCGCUAAGGAGAUUGCGGUCAGGGCUUGGGACGAGACCCUCAACACCCAACCGGAGAAGCUCAUUUGGAACGUCAUGGGCAUGAUGAACAAUUGUUGGUUCCGGGUCAAAACCAACGUGUGCAAGCCCCACCGUGGAGAAAUCGGGAUCGUGUUCGAGCACCCGACCCAGCCGGGCAACCAGUCGGGCGGCUGGAUGGCCAAGGAGCGCCACCUCGAACAGACCUCCGGCGACCUUAAGAAGAGCCUCUCGUCCCCCUUCAUGAACACCACCUCCAAGACCUACUCCAUGGCCGAGGUCAAGAAGCACAACUCCCCCGACUCAGCCUGGAUCGUCGUCCAUGGCCACGUCUACGACUGCACCCCAUACCUCCGAGACCACCCUGGCGGCGCUGACAGCAUCCUCAUCAAUGCUGGCACCGACUGCACCGAAGAAUUCGACGCCAUCCACUCCGAUCGCGCCAAAAAACUCCUCGAGGGCUACCGUGUCGGCGAACUCCUCACCGCCGCCAGUUACACCUCCUCUCCCGACAACUCACUCCACGGCCCCUCCCCCCCAGGCCUCCCUCCCAUAAACGAGAUCUUCUCACCAGUUGCCCGUCCCACGACGCUCGACCCACGCGAGCGGGUUUCGGUUAAGCUCGUCUCGAAGACCUCCCUCUCACACAACGUGCGUUUACUCCGCUUCUCCCUCCCAGGGGAGUACCAUGUGCUCGGGCUUCCCGUCGGGAAGCACGUUCUCGUGUGCGCAGAGAUCGACGGGAAACUCUGCAUGCGUGCGUACACGCCGACGUCAGACACCGACUCGAUCGGCCACUUCGACCUCGUCGUGAAGGUAUACUUCCGUGGGGUCCACCCAAAGUUUCCCAAUGGGGGCGCCAUGUCGCAGUACCUCGACUCACUGCAAAUCGGGCAGUUUGUCAAGGUGAAGGGCCCGUUGGGCCACAUCGAGUACUUGGGCCGUGGGAGAUUCGUUGCGGGUCGAGAGCGGAGGUCUGCCCGAAAGUUGGCGAUGAUUGCUGGCGGGACGGGAAUCACGCCGAUUUAUCAGGUGAUGCGGGCGGCACUCAAGGAUCCGGAGGAUACGAUCGAGAUGCACGUGGUGUACGCGAACCGUACGGAGGACGAUAUUUUGUUGAGGGACGAGCUCGACUCGUGGGCCCGGAGGUACCCGGACCGUGUCAAGGUGUGGUACGUGGUGCAGGAGAGCGUGAGGGACGGGUGGGAGUAUAGUGUCGGGUUCGUGACGGAGGAGAUACUGAGGGAGCAUAUCCCGGCGGCCGGAGAUGAGACGCUGGUGAUGGUUUGCGGGCCGCCGGCGAUGAUGCAGUUUGCGGUGAACCCGAGCUUGGAGAAGAUGGGGUUCGAUCUCAAGAAGUCUAUGCUCGUGUUUUAA